AUUUUUCAAGGAGUGCGAGCGGCUACAAUACAGAAAUCGCGCGCGGUAGAGCAGAGUAGUGCUCGUCGUCGCGUCGGGGUCGGGAGAUUGGGAGUAUCUAUCCGAAGGAACACGAGAGACUUGACUGCGUCGCUUAGACCCUCUCCCCACCACUCUGUCUCGGUCGUUCUCUCCGUCUCUCUCUUUCGAUUCGCGAGUCGCGUGUACGUUCGACGAGUUCUCGUGAAAGCGUGUGUGUAUAUACCGUUCAGAGACAAAUGUUCUCUCGCGGCCGAGUAAAGUGAGCUUCGGCUAAAAUUUUCGAGUUUCAUGUGUUCGCUGAUGCACUGAAGUUUUCAUUUUUGGUGUGAAAGACCGAGAGAGAGAAAGGGCCAUCUUUGUCGAAGAAUUAACGAGAAAAAGCGGAAAGGUGGUGAAAAUUAAGACAAUGGGACAUUAUUAAAAAAUAAAGAAAAAAUCGAGGAAUAAAAGAGUAGGACGGAGAAAGACGAGGGAGAUGCCGACAAAAUUGUAAUUACUGGUGUGUUCACAACGAAUAUUAUCAUAGAAGAGAGCCUUCUCGUCGUCGCAGACCUCACUCUCUCCCGCGGGCGGGGGUGGGAGUGAGUAAAACAUUAGUUGUUUGCAGUGUGCCUGGUCCACCGAGCUCACCCUCUCUCUUUCUCACUCUCUCCCUUUCUUUCGUCUCACUCGCUCGUCGUACAGGUCGAAUACUUGUGUGGGUCAACAUUUCGCGCUUGUGUGCAUCGUAAUCGGAAUAUAGUACGCGCGCGCAUCAGUGUAGAGAACAACUCCCCCCGCCCCCCUAGGCCGAGUAUCCUAAGUUAAUAAAAACUCAGCAAGAUGGCGUUGCGAUACGACGAAUGUAACUAGCGCCUCUAGUGGCAGUGAACGCGGAAAUUCAAACGUCCGCCGCUCUGUCGCGAGGAACAUCCAUUUUGAAAGUAAAAAUACUACUACCGCGGUGACCCGGGAGUUUUUCGUGCUUGACGCGGGUGUGUACAUACAUUAAUAUACACACCGAAGAAAAUCUAGACAGGAAAAUAGGUGUAGUGUACCGCGACCUGUGUUUUUUGCGACAAGGUGUCCAUUGAGAAGCCGGCAUUCUCGAUCGGGACGCCGGUUCACUGACAAUGACGUGAGAUGAGAACGAAUAAAAAAAAGGGAUACAGCGAAACAGUGGAACGUCAGUGAGUGUAUGGGUGCGUGAAAGAGAACAAAAAAAUCCAAAGAGAGAAGAGUGACGCUAGCGAGUGUGUAGGAUAAAUCGCGAAGGUAUGUGAUAGUGUGUCAUUGCGUUCUCGCGAAAUCCUCUCCGCGGUAGAUACCUUUGUGUUGUUCGGAGAUCGAAGUGGGAUAAAAAGUGGAAAGUGACGGAAUUGAAAAACGCAGAAGUGCGGCUUACAGUGAAGCACUCGUGCCGAUUGUCUUUCUUUUUUACACUUUGCUUUUUCAACGUCAAGUUUUCGCGUGCCGAUGUCGAAAUUUGAACGCGUCACCUCGUCCAGACUCGAUCCUCGAUGUAAUCUCGCAGGCACGGCCAAAUGUGCCAUCCUCGGAUUCGAUGUUGAAAUCAACGUCGCCCUCCCGCAGCAUGCGCUAAUUUUUUAAAUUGCGCUAUACUCUUGAAUAUUCAUAAUAAUUAAAUAAAUACACCGGCCGAUACGAGCAACGACGAUGGCUAAUAUCCUCAACAAGGACCCCGUCACCUAUGAACGGGAACGUGACAGCUUCCUCAGGGAGCUUCAUCACUUCCACGAAACCAGGGGGACGAGUUUCAAGAAAUCACCGAAAAUCAGUGGCAAGGACAUCGAUCUCUACCUGCUGUAUGUCCUCGUCACAGCCCAUGGCGGAUGGAUGAAAGUAAACACGAGAAACGAAUGGUCGGCAUUGUGCGAACAAUUUCACCUGCCUGGCGGCUGUGUAAACAGUGGUGUCGGACUCAAGCAAAUUUAUCUCCGGUAUCUCGAUAGGUACGAGAAAGUACAUUUUCUUGGCGAGGAUGGUCAACAGGCUGACGACGAGGAUGAGGACUCUCGACACCGGAAAUGGUCGGCAAGAGCACUGCACUCGGUUCCUCUCACUUACAACUACCAUCAACACAAUGUUGCAGAAUCUUUGCGGGAUUACAAUGGUCUCUCGGCGAAUCUUUACAAACCAUCAAAUUACGACAAGCUGGCGCUCUCGUUGCUCUCACCGUUGCCAAACGAACAGGACUUCGCGAUCAACGUUUGUACUCUAUUAUCGAACGAGGGAAAGCACACAUUGCGUCUCGACAAAUAUCCGAGGCUCGUGAACAUACUUCUGGCACAUGCCGGCGUAUUCGAUUCACCGGGUACCCGCCAAUUGUUCAUCGAAGUCUACUCCCGAGUACGAAAUUACUCGAUAAACUCGUUUUGGUCAGAUGUUCUCGACUCACAGGACGUUAUCGAUCUCACUGACGAGAGGAUAUUCAUGAAAAAACCAACGAGUAAUCUCAACACGUUUUCUCGUAGAAAAAUAUUGGAAAAAGAAAAACCUAACAAAACAACGAGCAAUGUUAGUCAGGAUGUUGAACCGGUGCUUAUGGAAGUCGAUGUGCCACCCAUGGAUUGUUUGCGACUCGAACCAACUUUGUCUCUCGAGGACGAUAAUCCGACCGAUCAGAAUCAAAAUUCGAUAAAAUUUGAAGAAGACGACAAAGAUUUAUUUUGCGUCGGUAGAACCUUAGGCACUCAAGAUCCAUACGGACAACGAGUUCUUCAAAUAGCUUCAAUCCUUCGAAAUCUCAGUUUUACGCCCGAAAACGCUGCAGUUCUCGGGAGAAAUCGAUGCUUCCUAAGAUUCGUAUUGCUUUGCACCCGAGCGAGAUGGAGCAAUUUGCAUCAACUCGGCUUCGACAUACUUGGCAAUAUUGCCAAUGAAAUUAUUCUCAAGGAAGCCGGAGAGAGAAUAACGGAUGCGGUAUUAUCGUGUGUUGCAAAAGGCGUCAGUUCGCAGGAUAGGUUUAUCGUUAUAUCCUGCCUCGAGAUCCUCAACAAAGUCAGCCAACAGGACAGCAACGAGGAGAUCAUUACUUUUGGUCUCGAAGACGAAGUUUACGAACUCAUAUGCAGGUUUUUGGCCCUGAGUGAUAUCGCUCUUCUCGUGUAUACCCUCGAGUGUUUGUACGCCCUUACAUCUUUGGGCGAAAGGCCCUGUACCAGCGUUGCCCGAGUCCGAGGGGCCAUCGACACGUUAGUUGCUCUCGUAACCGUCGAAGCCCAGAGUUACGGCCCUAAAGCUUGCAUCCUAAUGAGGGUAGUUGAGACGGUGUCAACUUUGACUCCUGCACCCCCAUCGACGACAGGACUUCCGACUCCGGCUGCUGCAGCACCAGCACCAGUACCGGUCACACCAACGCGGACACCAACCCCAACCCCGGUCCCAACUCCGGCUCAACCCAUUUCCGUUCCUUCCCCACCGAUUCCUAUACCUCCGACGCCGACCGCAGUCAGUCCAGUACCUUCGCGGCCGAGUACUCCUGCCACGCCAGCUACAAAAGUUACGGCGCACAAAACAACAGAAGUAACAACGCCUGUACACCAUCCGAUACACGCUCAUCAGCAAGUUAUUCAGGAAAACGAACAAUUCGCCCUCGGUUGGCUGAGAGCUACAUUCGAGCCCUCGGCAAACAUCCGCAUCGAACAGGAAGAAUUGUACAAAAAGUAUCUCGGCUGUUGCACAAAAAUUGGAAGACGAGGUGUUAUCGCUCCCCUGCAUUUUCCAAAGGUCGUGAGAAGCGUGUUUGGUAAUAGCAUCGGGCCGAAUCCAUUGAAAGGUGAAACAACAGGUGUGCAGUACUACGAGGGUAUUCGAGUACGAGUGAGCCCCCCAUCGACGACGCAUCCGAGCCAAAACGCGGUUGGAACGAAUACCGUAACGAUACCAUCGAUUAACACAACUCCAGUAAAGGUGCAUCACGUUCAACAGCGUACAGUCAAACCAAUAAGUCCCGUUGGCGAUAGCACGCAUUCCGAUAAUUCCAAUAUGUCCGUAAACCCAAGAAUCCAAGCACCCGCGUCACCCAUAUUGAAGGCCCAGUUGUCAGCCCCGCCGAAACCAUCCUCAAACGCUCCGACUCAACCCCAGAAUCCAGUCACCAAGGUUGACUCUAAAAGUCAGGUGUCCGUGACGCACCCGCACCUAAGUCAAGCGUUGCUAGCCAGUGGCUCGCAAAUGCACCAGCAGCAACAACAACCACAACAACAACAACAACAACAGCAUCAUCAACCUCAACAGCAGAACCCACAAAUCCAAGUAGUGGCCAAAGAAGACAAUCGAAUAGGAGCGACCUCAAGUUCAAUAAUAAAAAGCCUGCUGGCUACGAAGGUAACGGUCAGCGGCGACUGCAUGCCCAGCGCCGCUGCGACUUGUGUGUCUGCCCCUACUGCCUGCGUAACAAACACUACUGCUAGCAUCGCAUCCAGCAUCAGUGCCAACCAGCUAAUAACCACCAACCAGGUUGCUCAACGUCAACAACAGCAAAGGUUACUUCAACAACAGUUAACCGGAGUCGUACAACCCGCCGCGCCAGGAGCAACACCGGCCCCGAUUCUAAUCAAAGCUCCUGUCAAUUCGAAAUCGCAAAAGCCUGCAAUCGCAACUAUUCCUGCCAGAAAGAUACAAAGGCUCAAUGGAGCCAAGGUCAUCGUGACUAACAACUGUGACAAGACUGAAGUGAGCGAUACUGAGAACAACAGUCAAACAAUAACUUCAACGAUGGUAGUCUCGACCAUGACUGAUAAUCACAUAUCCACAAGUCCAAAGGUGUGUCGUCCACCACAAGCAAUAUUGGCAUCGAACAAAAACAAUCAACGGGUAAUAUCAACACCCCUGGCAGAGGAUUCGGAUUCAACGAACAAUUCGUUAGCAUCGAGCAGCGGUAUAGGUGGUAGUCGAGAUUGUUCAGGUGUCGGGGCCGAAGAAGAGAAUUCAUUGACGAGUUUCGAAGGUAUAUUAUUAAACGGCGCGCCGAAUAGUUUGGAUAUGGACGCGCAAGAUGAUGGUUCGUCGAAGGAUUCAUCGAGCAUCGGUUCAAAAGAUAAACCACUGCAGAGUAUGAUGCUCGCUGAUUUGUUAGAGAGAAAAGUUGAUAAAGAGCCGAUAAUGAACGGUGUAUUGGGAAAAAGUUCGAUACACGAGGAGGGUAUGGAUCUCGUAGAAAAUCAUAUAAAAAAGGUGCUGAAAGAAUCCCCGACAGAUGCGAAAAUAAAAAACGAUGUCGAUGGUAUAAACGUAAUACAACCGGAGGUGUCGGAAGAUGCAUUGAUCGAGGCGCCACGGGGAAUGAAGAGAAGAACGAGCGAGGCAAGCGACGAAGUUGACGCGAAAAAACCGAAGUACUCGAACGGUACAACGUCACCGGAUCCGGCGGCAGACUCCACAACAAUUGAGUCUACGGUAUCGAGUAUAAAAUCAGAAGAUCCGGACGACGAUAAGGCAACUGUAUCAUCCACCGCGGCAAAUUUAUACGCCGCAUUGGCAGCUGAUUGCAUAGAAGACGAAACCGACCUCGAGGAUCCACCACCACCUCUGGCACCACCACCAGCACCGAUCAAAGAAGAGCCAGUAGUCGUAAAGGAAGAACCUCGAACGUUCAUCAAUCAAAUGAUUCAACAUCAACAACAUCAGCAACAACCUCAACAACAACUGAUAGUCACGGGCUCGAGGCAAAUUGUCGUUCAACAAGCCAUACAAUCGAACAAUCAGAUUAUCAUUCCGGCCACCCAACUCAAGGGCAGAACGCACGGUUCACAGCCACAAGUUCUUCUUCAGCAGAGCCCUAGCGGACAAAUUCAAUACGUUGUUUCGGGUGGUGUGCCCGGACAAAAUUACGUACUGGCACAGUCACAAACUGCACUCGUACAGGGUCAAGCGCAAACGGUUCUCGUAGCCCAGACUACCCAACAACAGGGAACUGGUGCUAAAACGAUAAUUAUACUUCAGCCUCAAUCGGCACCCACCCAGAACACCCAAAAAAUGGUUGCCAUGACGCCACAAGGACAACAAGUCGUUGUUACUCAAGUUCCUCGGCCUUUGUUGCAAAGUUCGGCACUUGCCAAUAUACCACCCCCUCUCGUUGCAACCUCAGCGACUAUUCCCCAAGCUUCCAUAAUAGUCAACAGUUCGGUAGCACAAAGUACUCCGAAUGCAAUGACCGUCACGAUUCCUGCAAUCGCGCAACAGUGUCCUGUUACGACGAGCUUACCUUCUCGCGUCGUAACGCCCACGCCCGCAUCCACACCGCCACCCACAAGACCUACGACACCGCAUCAAGCCGCAUCGACGCACGGUCUCCCCGUUAAACAAGCAGUAAAAAUUGUCAAAACCGUCAGCUCGUCAACGUCAACGGAACCCGAAUCCAAACCUUCAACGAGUCAACAAACGUCGGAGAAUAAGACCAUCACCAUUAAAAUCGAUCCCAAUGCCUUCCUCUGCGAGUGGCGAGGAUGCUUGAGACAAUUCAAAACGGCACACGAAGUUUAUCUGCACGUAUGCGAAGCACAUUGUCCAACGAAUGGAGAAGAAAUCUUGUGUCUUUGGGCUAGUUGCGACGGACUUAAGCGACGAAAAUUUUCUCUUAUGACGCAUUUGUACGAUAGGCACUGCAACUCAGAGAGUAUGACACUGAGGCGAAAACAGUUGACCGCGAGUGGGAAAACGGAAAUCUCAACGUCAACCCCACCGACUCCCCAUCAUCCUGGUUACGCACCGAACGCAGCGUUUCAUGCCAUAAAAAGGCACGCCCUCGAAUUUGUUAAUCCAAAAGAAUUGAUGCAGCAGAGGCCAACCAAGCCCGCUGCAGCCAUCUCAAGCUCUUCUUCCCCAAGACCUGGGCAAAACCCUCCGCCAGAACAGGAUGACAACGAAGGUCCAGUGACUAAAAGUAUUCGUCUGACAGCGGCUCUCAUUCUUAGAAACCUAGUCAUAUACUCUGCGCACGGAAGAAGACACCUUCGAGCAUACGAGCCUCAUUUGGCAGGAGUGGCACUAAGCAAUGUAGAAUCGUCGAGGACAAUCGCCCAGGUUCUGUACGACAUGAACGAUCAGAGUAACAGUACUCACAGGUGACCUCUUGAAACAGGCCUCUAAAUAAGCUUUUCAAAACUUUACGAGCACCGAUCAGCACCCAUAUUUCGAAUUAUAGUGUAAAGUGUGUGCGUGAGGGACGCGAACAAUUGAAAAAAAAAAUAAAACUCAACAAGGAACGAAAAGAAAAAAGUUACUAUUGUCCAAAAAUUUCAAUAUUGUGGAUGUGUGUAAAAGUAAUACCAGGAGAAAAAACAGCCAAUGCACAGAAAAUAAAAUAUUAUACUGAUGAUGUUGCAAAAGAGGACGCAGUCGUAAUGUUCCGUAUAUAAAAUGAGGCCUAUAAACUUACUAGGCAAAAAACCAUUGCCAAUUUAGAUUGUAAUUAAUACGAACUAUAAUAAUUAGUGUCAUUGAAAAACAAAACAAAAAAUAAAUAUGAAUGAAAGAAGAAAACGAAACAAAGACCCAUGUAGAAGUGAUGCAGAACAGUGAUAACGAACGAGAUAAUAUUUCAGAUUUAAUAUUAAUAUUUAUUUUCUCAACAAGAUGCGGAAAAAAAUGUGUUUAGUAAAACGUGUACAAAAAAGUGGCGAAGAAAAUACUUUAUGGACGUUAUAGUUGAUUGUAACCAUGAUUAUUACCAUUAUUAUUAUUGCUAUUAUUAUUAUUAUUAUUAUUUUAAUUAUUAUAUCGACUACAUUUUCUUUCAUAAGUCAUCGAAAAUCUAGGCUUUAGACAAACAAAAAUUUUGUAUUAAAUGUAUUCGCGUUUGGAAAACGAUCGGUUUACUCUUCACAACAUGUUGCAAUCUCGUCGCUUAUAGCUAUUGUCUUUCUCGAUUUUAAUUAUGAAAAAUAAUCAUUAAUGGUUGAUGGAGAAAAACAAAAGUUUGUAAAAUAAUACGACGUUAACAUACGCACAUGCAUAAAAGAAAGAAAGAAAAAAAAGUGAUGACGAGCAAGCUCAUUAUUAGAAGAAACAGAGAAGAAACGUUUCAUAUCACUGAAAAAAUCUAUAAACACUCUGGUUUACGUCAGUUCAGACUCAAAAUCUGCGUGUUUGGUGAAUCGUGAAGAAAAAAUCGUUUGUUGGCAGAAAGCAGUUUUAUAUCUAAAUAUUGCCUAUUUUCCAACACAAUCGUGCUUCUUCGUCAUCUUUUUUCGUGUCCCCUUUCCUCAUUUAUUUGUGCCUUUUUGUAAAGAAAGCGGAGAGUGCACGCAACAGUGAAAGAAAAAAAAUGCUGGUAGGGAGACUUGUCUCGACUUUCACACUAAACAGAUCCUUCCAUUAAAAGUUUGAGCACCAAUGACAAAUAACUUUGGGCUGACUAACGCAAGAGUUUGAAAAAGAAAAUGCAAGUCGUCAAACGUAAUAUUGUAUGUAAAACGCAAAUUUCUGACUUUAAAUUUCUUGCGUUAUUGUGAAAACCAAUCUGUUUUAUUUUAUUUUUUUUUUUUUUUUUUUACAUUAACGGACGUCUUGUACUUCGAUGGUCGGGAUUGAAUUGCAUUUACACGAAUAUUGUUUACCACGAUAUCCCCCUCCGAGAGAACAGUAACUUUAUACAUAAACGAUAAGUUGAUACGUCGGAAUAUCUAAUAUACAUACGUGUACAUAAACGCCUGUAUCUCAUUUACAAUGUUACACGAAAAAUCUUGUGUGUACAUUAGUUGUUUUUUUUUUCUUUUUUUUAUCAUUAUUACUUUUUUUCUGACAACUGUAGGUUCAAGCGUCUAAGAAAACUGAACUGAGAUUUCUGUAUUAUAGUAGGCAUAUGACAAGACGUAGAAGUUGCAAGGAAAAAAAUGGACUUUUGGAAUUAUUUAAAGUGAAAGAGCGAUUAAAAUGCUGAAGAGGGCUGGGUCAGUAUUAUGAAGCAGCCGAUAAUGUGUAACUACGAACGUAUAGUAUAAUAAUGGUCCCCCCUCCCCCGUACGAGCCUCGAUCAUGUAUUUUAUAUAUAAAUAUAUAUAUAAAACGAGAUUAAUAGCUGAACGUUUAGAACGACAAAAAAUCUUGCAAGAGGCUUUUUAUUUUUAUUAUUUGUAAUUAAUUAGUUUAAAUGUUCAACGUUUGGUACGACCGUGAAAGAAAGAAGAAAGAAAGAUAACGAGAGCGACAAAGAUAAACACGAGUGGUUAAAUAAAGUAAAAUAAAACAAAUUUAAUGAAUAAUGAUGUGUAAUGGGUGCGAACGAGCAAUGUAAUAAAUUGACUGAAAUACGAACAAAGUGUAUAUAAAAA